UACGUAUUGAACUGGACCCAAAAGCAGACUGAAGUCGAUGAGAACGGUCGCUGAGGGUUUGCACGGUGCUUCGUAGGAACGAGGAACGGGGGGCGAGAGCGGGGACGCGACACAACACGAGAGGACGAGCCAGGUAGUGCACUUCACAGUUCACAGUUCGCGUGCUUCUCGUCGACGCCGGAGAAUGCGUCAUUUACAAGGUGUCAUUGAAGGCAACGCCGCCCGAGCGCCGCAGCCGACUCUGCGCAUGCGCAAAGCGAGCACGCACGAGCGACCGCAUCGUUAAAAGGUGAGGAGGACACCGAGUUCACGCAACGUUAUCGGCGCUGGCUCAUUGCACGCGUGCCACACAAACUUCCAACUUCCAUUCCAAAAAGAAAGACGACGUCGGUCUGUGUGGGUUUUGGUUUUUGUUCGCGGUGACAUGAAAAUGCCCGUGCUGUGACACUAAAAUGGGAUUUGUGGCUGCGUCCCUCAUGGAGUCCGUCGGCACGUUUGAGUUCAGCAGGAAAGACCUGAUUGGUCACGGUGCCUUUGCGGUGGUUUUCAAAGGACGACACAAGGAGGUAAACUUUCAUGUCCGUCGCGUUCGGCCUUCAUCGACGUAAUAUGUUCUCUUCUGUCGCUGCUCAAGAAACAUGAGUGGGAAGUGGCUGUCAAGUGCAUCAACAAGAAACAUUUGGCCAAAGCCCAUUCUCUACUUGGAAAAGAAAUCCAAAUACUAAAGGAACUCAAGCAUGAGAAUAUCGUGCGACUUCUCGACUAUCAGGCAAAGAGGAGGCAGCCUUUCCCCCUCUUCAUCUGGCCGCCACGUGUCAGGGAGCCUGACAACUUAUGCGCGUCAAGCUGGUACUUUGCGCCAUCGCACAACUCGGCGUCACGUUUGACUUUUUUGCGUGUCGGUGAACAGAAGUAGUGGUUGGUUCGCGAGGAAUGGCUUCGGGCACCCGUUGGCCCAAAACUGCGUCAACGUGGCUGACUGAAUGCUUAAUUCACUUAAUACCGAUGUACAGGCAAGAACUUAAAUGCGCGACGUGCAAAAGUGGACCAAUGAAGCUGAGAUCUUUCUGUGACGAUGUGUGUGUACCAACAAAGUCAUUUCGCACAUUCAACAACAACAAGAAGCCGUGGUUCACUGCCAAACUUAAGCAACUUCGCCAAGCUAAGGAGGACGCAUACCGAAGCGGGGACGGGGCCGUGUAUAAUUGAGCUAGAAACCAGCUGACUAAAGAAAUUAACAUUGCAAAGAGGAACUAUGCGGCAAAGUUGGAAAAACAGUUUAGCGCUAACGACUCUAAAUCAGUCUGGCAUGCAUUCCAAUCGCUGACCAAUUACAAGCGACGAUCCCCCCCAAAGCGGAGAACAAUAGCACACUAGCCGACGACUUGAAUACCGAUUUGAAAAGGACACUUUCACACCCCACACCCACCCGGCCGCACCACCGACCAGAAUCACACCACCGACUUCUGCGUCGACCAUCCACGAACGGGAUGCGAGACGCAUCUUCAAACAACAAAAGAUUAACAAAGCGGCAGGCCCGGACCUUGUGUCCCCAUCCGGCCUCAAAGUCUACGUGGACCAGCUCGCUCCAGUCUUCACACAGAUCUUCAAUAGAUCUCUGGAACUGUGCGAAGUACCAUCCUGUUUCAAACGCUCCCACCAUCAUUCCAGUCCCCAAGAAACCUGCAAUCUCGGGUCUAAAUGACUACUGGCCUGUCACCUUGACAUCUGUGGUCAUGAAGUCCUUUGAACGUCUCAUGCUGGACCACCUCAAGAGUGUCACAGGUCCCCUGGUGGACCCCCCCUGCGGUUUGCCUACCGAGCAAACAGGUCUGCGGAUGAUGCAGUCAACAUGGGACUGCACUUCAUCCUAGAACACUUCGACAGCGCAGGGACCUACGCGAGGAUCCUGUUCGUGGACUUCAGCUCAGCGUUCAACACCAUCAUCCCUGAACUCCUUUCCUCCAAGCUUCUCCAGCUCAGCGUCUCGCCCGCCAUCUGCCAGUGGAUUUACAGCUUCCUGACGGGCAGGACACAGCAGGUGACAUCAGCACCGGCCUCAUCAAGGACGGUGACGAGUCUGCGUAUCGACAGGAAGCGGAGCGGCCGGAGCUGUGGUGCGGCCGACGCAACCUGGAGUAGAAGUAGUAGAAUCCUCUUUUAUUGUCACGAACAUGCAUGCAUGCACACCAAAUUGGUUAUGUGCAUUUAACCCAUCACGGUGAACACAUACACACGUUAGUGGAACACACUGGAGCGGGGGGCAGCCGAAGCGCCCGGGGAGCAUUUCGGGGUAUCGGUGUCUCGCUCAAGGUCACCGCAGCCGUGAGUCCGGGGGAUGUUGGCGGAUGGUCCGCUCGGGGUCUUGAACCUCGGACCCCCACGGUGGCAGGCGAUGAUCUUAACCAUUGGGCCAAAGUGUUCUCUGUCAAUUGACCGUCUGUUGUCGUACUAGAGCGGCUCCGACUAGCGUAGACAAAUUCCCUUGUGUGUUUUUUUUGGACAUACUUGGCAAAUAAAGAUGAUUCUGAUGCUGAUUGAUGAUAUUGUUGCGGCGUGCGGUGUCAGCAUUAAAUGAAAGAUGAGGUCAUAAUGGUACCGGAAGAAAGCAAUUGUGCAAAUUGGUUUGAAGCUGGAUUUGUUUUCAUCCACAGGAAAUGGGCGGGUGUGUGUAUCUGGUCAUGGAGUAUUGCAAUGGCGGUGACCUGGCUGAGUACCUUCAAUCUAAAGGGACAUUAAGCGAGGACACAAUCCGAGUUUUCUUCCAGCAGAUCGCUCAGGCCAUGAAGGUGCUACAGAGCAAAGGCAUCCUUCACAGGGACUUGAAACCACAGAACAUCUUGCUCUGCCACCCAAAGGGACGGAGGUCCAGUUCCAUCAACACCAGUGUCAAGAUAGCUGACUUUGGCUUUGCGCGCUAUCUUCAGACAAACACCAUGGCAGCGACACUGUGCGGCUCUCCCAUGUACAUGGCUCCCGAGGUCAUCACGUCCCACAAAUAUGAUGCCAAAGCCGAUCUGUGGAGCAUAGGCACCAUUAUCUACCAGUGUCUGACUGGAAAGGCGCCAUUUCAUGCGAACACACCACAGGAACUCCGCCUCUUCUAUGAAUGCAACAGAACCCUUGUACCAAGCAUCCCGAAGGAGACGUCAAGUGACCUCAGACAGCUACUGUUGGGACUUCUUCAGAGAAACCACAAGGAUAGGAUCAGCUUUGAUGAGUUUUUCCGUCAUCCUUUCUUGGAAACGAGCUGGGCCUCUAGAAAGUGUUCUCCAGCUCCGACGCGCUUCUAUCCCAGUUCCGCCUCAGGCAGCUCCUCUAGCAGCUCCUCCGCAUCCCAUCCAGCCUCUCCUCAACUUCGCUGUCAGACCAAAUUGAAAAACUCUCCUGUGCCGGAUAUUGUUGUCUUCCAGUUGAGAGAAAUCGCCAAUCGAGACAGCAGGAAUAGUUCAUCUUUCACUGAAGACUAUGUCAUGGUACAUCCCGAGUCUCCUGGUGAGUACGCGUCUGAGGAAGACGGUGGCUCACCCAUUGAAGGCUGCCUAAUAUACGCUAGCAGAAGCCCGCUGAUGACAGAGAGAGUUCUCGAAGCAGUUGGCAGGACACCUCCCUCCUCUCCCGUGUUGCAGCGUCACGCCAAGCCUUCUGGGAAGCCUGCGCUGUGUGACCGCAGCCGUUCAGAGCCUAUUCCCGUCCCGACUCAGAUCCAGAACUUCCGGCGUAUGGAGCAGCAUCUGCGAGCUUCAGGCUCACCAGGCUCCACCAUGGUCCGCCUCUGUUAUCCUGGAUCGAGUGAAAGUUCUUCACCAUGCAGAGGAUGUGGAUCUCACGAUGCCUGCAUUGCCGCCUACUCCUCAAGUCCCACUAGAAAAGGAGCCCAGGCACUCCGGUCCUCCCCGCGUGUGGGAACUACCCCGAGGACUUCGGAGCAGACUCUACCUCGUAGUACAAGAACCGGAUGGGCCGCAGAGUCUCCAGACAAGAGGGACAGCCCCAGCCACAAGGACAAUUCACGCAGGACGAUGUUGUCAGACCUGCGUAGCCCUAGCCUUCCUCCCGCUUCCCUCACCAACCGCAGCAGUAAACCCUCCGACAAAAGAGGGCAGUUUCAAAGAUCACAGAACUUUGGCAGACUCUCUGACAUUUUGCUUAAAGAUGCAUUCGGAGCUCAACUUCUUGAACGGAGGAGUAAUGAAAGCUUAUGCCAUGAAAGGACGGUGGACUUUGCAGCUCCACCUGCUGGCUUCCAUACAGGAUUUGUGGCAUCGGGUAGCCCACCGGCUGCAGUCUUCUCCUUGGGUUCUCCAGCUACUGGAAACACUCCUCCUGAUCCCAUGUUCCCAAGGAUGCUGACAGGCUCGCCCAGCUGCAUUACCACCGCCUGGUUGCUCAGCAGUCCCCUUCAUUGUCAAAGAAGCUGUAGAAGCAGCGAGACUGAAGCCGUGGAUGUCACUCCACACUGCAGUUUGGUCUUUUGUCCACCUGAGCUACCAGAAGAUACGCUAAUGGAGCAGGUCCAUACAGAUGCUCUGAGUGACCUCCAGUUCACACUGGCUUUUGUGCACUGUAUCACGGAAUUGGCUUCUUCCAAGGACCCUGUGCUGGAUCCCAUCAGCAGCCCUGAGGUUUCCUUUUCAAAACACAGUCUGUUGACAGAUCAAAUAAGCCUCUUAAGUCGAGAAUGGAGCUAUGCAGAACAGUUAUUGUUGUACUUGAAAGCGGUGGAGUCUCUGUCAACAGCUCUGCACAAGGCCAAAGAAAAUAUCCAGCAAGGGCGACUGCUUCCUUCAACUACGGUCAAACAAGUGCUUAGAAAGCUGAAUGAGUUGUACAAGAGCUGCGUUACUUGCUGUCGCUCCCUGAGUGAUCGGCUGCAGAGUUUUUUAAUGGACAAACAGAAGCUUAUGGAUCGCUUCAAUGGCCUCACGGCAGAAAAGCUCAUCUAUUGCCACACUGUGCACAUGGUACAGUCUGCAGCUUUAGAUGAGAUGUUCCACUGUGGUACAGAAAUCGUUCAGCGCUACCAUAAAGCUCUUCUGCUUCUGGAGGGUCUGUCCCGGUUCGUCACAGAGGAAAAGGAUAUUGACAGUAUAAAAAGAUGCAAGCAGUGUAUUGAAGGACGCCUCUCUGCUCUGCAAACUUAGCACUGUCCAAAGGGCCGUAGUACUGCCUUCACAGAAAAUGUGUUGUCAUUCCGCAUCCACCUCAUUGCUGCAACGCAGAGAGAGGAUAGAUGCUCCUGUUGAUGUACACGAGCACUUUUAUCUUUCUCAAGGGAACGACCACUGGAGCGCCUGCUCCGAGCACACAGUCCAGCGUCUGAAAUCCCGACAUAUGCACAGAAGACUUGACCUCCUUGGGUCUGAGCUUGAAGAGUGAGAGUUUAUAAUCACUGUUUUGAUGAGACCGAUGUUUUGCUUAGUAUUUGUUACAUACCUUUUGUUUUUGUGUGUUUUGCACAUGGAAUUGUCCAAUCAUGUUGUACUUGAAACAAAGUUUAUUUUUUGGUGUUUACUAAAAAGUUAAGUAACAAACAGGAGUCAAAUGAGGCUGAAUGAUAUGACCAACUAUUGUGAUUGUGUAGCUAUAAUAGUGCCUUCUUCAAGUCGGAUUCACGUGAUAUUUAGUUUUAAUUGAAUAUGUAAAUGACACACUGUUACUUUUAUUAUGACUCAAGUGAUGUUAUUUAUUAUAUUUAGGUUUACUGCAUGGCAGGUUUUUGUACUGUAUGUUUACACGGUUUUCUUUUACGGAAAUUUGACCUUAAAGAGGUAUGUAUUGCGUGGAGAAGCACUUUGCUUAUAUGUAAAUGAACUGAUGUAUGAUUCUUGCUUAAAACGUGUGAAGAAUUAAAAA